AGAAGCAAAAGAAGACCUACGGCGGAGCGGUCGGUCUGCAGUGGUUUUAAUUACACUGUUUUGGUUAAAAUGGCAGAAAACAUUUUAGUCAGUGGCUGAAUUAUUCUUUUUUUAUUCAAAGUUGGUGGUGAGGUGUAUCAGGUCGCUAGCGCGUUAGCUCGGACAGUAGCCAACCAGCCAUGGACCCAGACACAGAUUAUGCAGAGCAAGUUCAUUCCAUUGAGGUUUCAAUCAAUGCAGAGCCAGAGCCCUCCAAAGCAACAUCAACCAAAUGCUAUCCUUGCACUGCUUGUGGCAAGCUAUUCAACAGACCGUCAAAGCUGGCUAGACAUGAGCCUGUGCACCAGAGGAAGCCUAAAGUACUUUUCCAAUGCCAGCAAUGUGAAAAAUCAUUCAAAGAUCAAGACCAACUGAAACGACAUGAGCUAAGACACUCCAUAACGAACAUACACCCUUGUCCUGACUGUACAAAAGUGUAUAACAGGCCUUCAAGGUUAGAAAGGCACAGGAAAACACACCUUAGGAAACCAAAGAAGCUUCAUCAGUGUUCAUACUGUAGCAAAGCAUUUGAUAGAAUGCAUAAAGUGGUGCGACAUGAGCGUGUGCACACUGGGGAGAGACCGUUCACCUGCUCUUUCUGUGGUAAAGGCUUCGUUGAGUUAAGUGGGUGCAAAAAUCAUGAAAGGACUCACAAAGAGAAUAUAGAAAAGGCUCAUAAAUGUGCCCUCUGUGACAUGGCUUUCAUAGAAGCGAAGGAGUUGCGUCGUCAUUUUCGGUCGCACACAGGAGAGAAGCCUUUUGAAUGUAAUGAGUGUGACAAACGUUACUCUCGGUCAGAAGCGCUCAAAAGACACAAGAGGACCCACACGGGCGAGCGGCCAUUCACAUGUAUAAUCUGUGAAAAAACAUUCUACACUCGUCAAGCUUUAAACAUUCACAAGUUGAUCCAUUCUGGAGAAAAGCCACAUUUGUGUCCUGUGUGUGGAAAAGGCUUCUCACAGAGGGGGAACAUGAGAGAGCAUAGAAAGACUGUGCACAUUCAGAAUAAAUACAGCUGUGACCAGUGUGAGGCAGUGUUCACACGAUACAAGACUUACAGAAGCCACCAGCUCCGACACAACGACGGGGAGCCUGCAUCGUUUGUAAAUGCAAGUUUGGGUCGAGCACUUCUCUCAGAAAACACAUGAGGGCGCUUCAUCUAGGACCGCUACCAGGGGAGUCCUCUGAGGACUUGUUGGGUGCAGAAGAAUCUAGCUUGUUGUAACUGCAGUUAAUGUUCACUGUUAUGCUUUCUGUGUCACUUGAGUUGAGAUGCUCUAUUAGUCACUUAUUCUCAAGAUUGAUAAUGAUAUCAUGAAGAAGAGCAGUAAAGCUAAACUAUAUUCUUUCCAAAUUUUCAUUUCCCUGCCAAAAUAGAAAACAUUCCAAGUGAAGAAUAUGAAAAUACUGAUCUCUUAAUUAAAAUGCAAACAUGAUGCAUGCUCAUAGAAUAUCUUUCUCUGGAUUUGAGUUAACAACUUCUAUAUGCUUUUCUCUUAAAUAUAAAGUACAAAGAAAAGAGUAUGUUUUUCCGUGUAAUGUACUUAUAAUCAUGCACAUGAUCCUAUCCACAGGAGUUGGUCUUGUGUUGUGUUUUAAAUCCCCCAAAGAUGAAUCAUUAAAAAAAUUAACAAAAACAUUGACUUCAUUUAAA